AUCAUCCAUCUAUCCACAAUUACCCUCAAUUACUGCUCGUCUGCUUGUCCCUGAGCCAGACUCCACUGUUCAUAAUCUAGUCUCGUUAGCGCGUCUGGUUGGGGUGGGUGAUACCCUCGCCGGUGACUUCAACCCGCAACUAGCCGCAUCGCUCCUGACCUUUCUUUCCCCUCAGCCGGAAUUCACCUCCGUACUACCUGCCGCAGGGCACUGACGCUAUCGAUUGCGGUCCCGGCCUUGGCCGCUGGACGGAAUGGCACUGCCCACCAUGGGGAGCGACUUUCAGCUGUUCUCUCCUCUCCAGUCCUCGGACAGAAGAGACUCACAGGCCGACUCCACGACUUUCGCCCAGUCUACAACGGAAGAUUCGAGCCAGGAUUGGACGCAGUGGAUGAGAUGGGACGACAAGGGCUUCGCCGAUGGAGCAAAGGACGUCUCCCAAUCCCCUUUUGAUACUACCUUCACCUCACCCAAUGCGUCAAUUGGCAACACAGAUCUCUUUCAAAAGUCCGACUUUUCUCCUGACAUCAACCUGGACUGUACCAAUAUUCCUUUCGAUUCCUUACUCGACCAAAAUUACGGUGGCGUGUGCCAAUCGAAGAUCGGAUCCAUUGGUACCGACCUCCAGUCGGCGCUUUCCGCUACGUCAGGUUCCCCGUUAUCCUCGGAAGGAACUGCUCGCAAACGCAAGUCGGGCAGUGAUGAUGAUGGGUCAACCGUGAGUGGAGUUGUCCCGACCGGUAAGAAGAUGCCGGCCAAAAAGCGAGCGCACAACGUCAUCGAGAAACGCUAUCGAGCCAACCUCAAUGAGAAGAUUGCCGAGUUGAGGGAUAGUGUACCCAGUCUCCGAGCGUCGAAGAAUGCAUCGGGUAGUCUAAUGGAUGACGACGACGAAGGGGUCACUCCCGCCAACAAGUUGAACAAGGCCUCUAUCCUUUCAAAAGCCACCGAGUACAUUCGUCACUUGGAGAUCCGGAACAAGCGACUUGAGGAUGAGAACAUGGCCUUGAAGAACCGACUUCGUCAAGCGGAAAAGGCCGUUGAUCAAUCACUGACCUCCGCAGCAUCCGUCUCCUCACCCAGCAACUACACCGUUUCCACAGAGUCUGGCGCGAGCUCAUCCCCCAGUGUGUUCUCGCAUGUCGAGGAUAGUCCUAGUGACCACUCGCCGACCUCUCUAUACCCCCCUGAAGGUUUGCUGAAGGUACCCGAUGCCUUCAAACGCAUGCGAGAGGAAUCCACUGCCAAGGAUAACGCGUUUUCUCAAUCAUACAUCCAAUACCCUAGCAGCAACAACAAUGUCUCCUCCCCAUGUGGUGGUCGUACCAGGCGCUCAUAUUACCCCAACAAGUACAUGCUUGGUGCCCUUGCUGGUUUAAUGAUCGUCGAGGGUAUGGGCAGCGAAAAGAAAACGGAGUCAACCGCCAAGGGGCUGCUGGCAAUGCCGAUGAACCUGUUCGGAAACCUGCAAGCUAGCCUCCAGAGCCCCACCGCAGCAUAUUGGCUUGUAGUGGCUCGAAACUUUUGGUACUCAUGGCAUGCACGAGCCAUCUCGCAUUUUCUUAUUCUCGCCACCCUUGUCGUCGGCAGUGCAUUCAUUGUCUUCGUUUACCUCUUCAACGCUACUCCUGGUGAACAGUCCUCUUCGCUGAAGACUUCGUCACCGUCUGAUACAUCGUCAAAUUUCCGACGUCAGGCCUGGCUGACAAGCAUACAGCGAGUCGGGGUCCCGCGCCACCGCUUCUUCCACGAGUGGUACGUCGUGACCUCGCGCUGCUUCGAGUACGUCUUGCGAUGUCUCCUGGGUUGGAAGCUGUAUUCUUCGAUUACCGGGGUUACCGAGGAGGACGAAAAGGGACGAGUUAAGACCUGGGAUAUUGCUAUUGACGCACAACUGGCUGGUGGCGACGCUGAAAUCAGCAAGAGUCGUCUAGUCCUUACCAUCUUUGCGGCAGGUACCCUGCCUAGGAGUCCGAUGAGGAUGAUGCUCAAAGCUCUCCACUGCCGUAUUCUGCUUUGGAGAGUUGGGGACCGCGGCUCUUGGAGCUUCGACUUGUCGAAUGAUGUCGCUCGUUCAUUGGCAAGGUAUCAAUGGGACCUCGCUCGGACCAUGCACAAGGCUAUGCCGAAAGAUCAUCCUGAUGCCCUGCCUAGCCACCUAGCCGCGUUGUUGCAACUGGACUGCGAUGAAGUCAUGAUUGACAGCAUCGUGCAAAGAGCGGCAAACCUCACUUGGAAUCGUCCCACGCAAGAAGGCACUGAUGAUGACCAGGCUCUACUGGAUGUGGUGGAAGAAGACCCUGCCAUUCAAUCUUCCCUGGAUGCCCUCGCAGCUUGGUGGUCUAGCCAUCUCUUGCAACGGGCGCUGCUCAGAUACUUCGAAGCUAGCUCCGGUGGUCCUGACGCGAAGAAGAGUCGCGAUCUAUUCAAGGCGAAGAUCAAACUGGCUUUGGACGUCGCUCCUCAGCCUUCCGCCGCCCAUACUCGAGCGUUGGUGAUGAAGGCAGUAUUCUUCGAGCAAGACCGCGCUGCGAACAUCGGAACUGUCCUCGCCGCGUUGCCGAAGGAUAAAGGGAAGAGCAAACAGAACCAAGCAUCCAACUUUCUUGACUCAUCUCUUCCUGUGUCCGUGCGGGAAGAGAUUGCGAUCUCGGUUCGCUGUGCAAUGAUUGCGGCUAUAUUUACGGCUAGGACUACAGGCGACAAUUCUCUACCGGCAUCCUUCACUAUCCAACGAGCUGUCACAUGGUUCAAUCAGUUGCCGCUUGACCCGGUGGAUCUGACGCUUCUCGGGUUCGCGUCUGUGUACCAUCUGCUCCAUGUCCUCGCCUCUGACACCGACUAUCUGUCGUCCUCGGAGUCCUCUUCGCCAUCUUCUCCCACCUCGCGCAGUUCCACCCCGUCGUCUUCGCUUUCUUCUGAUGAAGAGGAAAAUGACAAGCUACGUGUGUCGCAGAAGCCCGAGAUUUUGCCGCAAUCCAUUCCGAAUUUGGGUCGUGUGGCAUCCGAACUCAUGUACUGGGCGCGGAAUGCAUACAAUCCGGCCUUCUACGGUUUCACUUCUCAGCUUGUUAAGGUCAUUGAAACCGAAUGCACCUCGCUAUGCCAUAGUGCUGGGGUCGAUGUGACCGACUACUCUUGCAUUCAGGAGGAGAAGAUCAGGUCGAAACAACUGAAAGACAAAAAGAAGAAAAAGUACCCAAGAAGGUCGUGAGCACUCGUCGAUUAGACCAAUCAAAAUAGAGAAGAAAACAAAGACGGAUUUUUCGACUUUUGGCGCUUCUGGUCUCGAUGAAAGUGACUGCCGCCUGGAGCCCAGCAGUUCCAUAAUCUCGUGACAAAAUUCCCCACCCGGAUACAAACUUUCAGAGAUAUCACGGUUACGUUCCCAUUAAUGAUAUGACUAAGUCGGAAUCGUCUUCCUUUCACGUGUAUUUUUCCAUCUUGCUUUACUUCAAAGGCAAUUUAUUGU